AUGGUGAAGGCAAAGCAUGGAAGCAACCCUCCAACCGGUGUCGAUGUGGAAGGCGUGCUCAGGGAUUUCGCCGAUCGCAAGCUAUCCGAAGAGAGAGGAUGUACCGUCGAGUCCCUCCAGAAGAGGCGCGCUGAAGCAUUCAAAAAUGCCGCUGAAGACGAAAGAUUAUACAAGGUUUUCGCCUCCUGUUUCAUGGAGAGGCGCAUGUGGAGAGAGGCGCUUACCGAACUUCACACUCGCCUUUACCUUUUAGACAAAGAAUCGAAGGAAUACGAAGCCACUAUGGAUAUGAUACGCGUAGCUCAGCACAACCUGUUGGCAGAGGUGAUGCCCAUACCGGUAGCCUUCAAGGAACUGCUCUUUGUCAGGGACCUCGAGGAAAAGUGGUCAACUUGGAUGUCGCAAGUGGGUUACACAGAACAGUUGACCAAUGUGACGCGUGCUGAAAAUGCGAUGGAGUAUAGGUCAAAUACGCUGGUUACAAGAGUAAACCUGAAGCCGGGCAGUCUCCUCAUGAGGAAACGGCCCUUCGCCGCGGCGCCGUGGUGUAGCGACACCGCUGACUGGCAGUCAAGCACGGACGCCGACGCGCGGCGCAUCAGCUGCUUUCAUUGCCUUUCUGUGAUGCGACAUGUGACCGACCCUGACUACCAGAGCAUGACAUUCGUAUCAUGCCCUCUGAGGCCGUUCGAAUGUUUAAAAGUGUUCUGUUCCGAAGACUGUUUCCUUCACAACGGCGCCGUACAUGCGGCUGAGUGUGAACAUUUGAUGAAGUUAAAAUCGUUUGCAACUACCGCAUUGAACGAGACGUUCGUCAUGCUCACUGCACGUACGCUCAUUCGGUGUGGCCUAUGCGCGGGCAAGCGCAACUCCGAAUCGUCGCGACCAGCUUCUGGUGCGCCAACCGAUGCCCGAGGUGAUGUGCUCCAGCAAAUACUCGACGUCAAAGUGGACUACGCAACGUUGGAACAAAGGUACUUACACAUUUUAGACAAACUUCAGAUGUUCGCGGACUUCCUUUUGAAGGAAAUGGGAGUGAAAUUCUGCUUGUACCUGACACGCCGGGAACUUGUCCAUAUGAUGGUGGUCUUGUGGACUAAGAGCGUGUCUCUGAAGCCGGAUGUUUACUCCGAUGAUGAGAAUGUGAUUAUCGGCGGCGUUGUCUUCGAUGCUGACAUGAUGUGUUUCCAGCAGUCCAGACUACCCACUCUGGUCGCGCAUCUGGACGGUGUGGGACGGGUGUCUAUACGCUCCAUCUACACAAUGGAGCCAGGCAUGAAGCUCUUUAUCAGCACCGCCAUGGACAAGUACGUGCCUUUUUUCAUUCAGGAUUCCGAAUUUUGGUCGGCAGGCCUGUUGCUUUCUGAGGCGGUUGAAAACUGUCUCCCCAAGAAGUCACCUGAUAUAUCUGCCGUGAGGUGUGGGCAGUGCAUUAGGGGGUUUUGCCAUAUAGAUGCCCUGAAAAGCCCCGUGGACGGACAGGCAGACGAACGGUCCCCGAAGGAAUACUCGUGGGCAUGCAGCAACCGUUGUGCGACGAACGACGAGGACCUCAAUCAAAUUGAGAACAGGGCUGAAAGCAUAAUCAUGAGGGCGCAUCGCCUCUAUGUCGUUGGGCAACACUUGGUGGUCAGAAAGUUGCUCGAUAACUUCGUGUGGAGAUGGUCGGGGGCCCUACACCCCAAGCACUACUUACUGUACAAUGCGCACGUGCUGCUUGCGGGUAUUAAGAUGAACAAGGCAGGGUCUAACGCUCUGGAGGCAGUGCGCCAUCUUACAGCGGCAACGAUCAUGGCAGAGGAAAUGCUGCCUCUGGUUUGCCACGAGAAGGCGCAUCUUUAUUCCAGGUUGGCGGACUUGAUGGGCCAGCUCGUGAUGACCGCGCGGGUGAACCGCAAGGAAGACGUUCAACUGAAGCAGAUGACGCUGGAGGCUGCGUAUACGGCGCUGUGGAAUUGGACCGUCAUAGCGGGGGCAGAGUCCCGCGAGGCACUGAUUCACAUGCAAAAGUGCCGCAAUAUCGCAUUCCAAAUGAACGUCCACGUUUCCAAGCUGUGCAAUAAUUUUGUGAUCCACGUGCCGGGAAAGUACAUGGAAAUAUUUAAGCAGGUCACCGGCAACUGCGUGCUGCCGCCGGUUUUCAGGUUUUCUGCGGCCGGCGACCUGUCGGAGACCACCACUGACCACGUCGCUACAAUCGCGUUCAUGGCUGCGCAGAGCGAGAUAUUGAACGAGGAGGUACUGGAAAUGCUCAUGUCAAUGGCUUCGUAUGGCAUCAUGCACCUUGGCACGGGUCUGAGCGUGCUGGGCAUCGCCGCCUCCAACGGGAGCGUGGAGAUGGUCAAGGCGAUCACGGAGUCAAUCCACACCAGGAUAGACAAGGCGUACGAUUUCAUCAGCAAGAACGGCAGCACCUCGAGUGUGGAGUCAACCAUCGCCAACCUGCUGUUGACUUUAGCCGGUGGAAAUGAAUUGGGUGUCACGCCUCUGAUAGCCAUGGUGUCCAUGCCCACAGCCAGCGACCCCCAGUCGUUGAAAAACGAAAUCAUCAUCUGCCGCCUCAUAGUUGAGUGCGCGGAGAAAUGCGACGAAAUCAUCGAGCGGCAUAGGGGUGCCGUUGCGGUGCAGCUCCGCAGCCUGCGGUGGCUGAUGGAGUCGAAGUGUACGGUCAAAAGUCUGGUCCUCGAUGCCCGGACGCACAAUUUUCUGCAGGGGCAAACGCUACUGCAUUACGCUGCCGCUAGAGGCAAACGGAAUCUCGUGCAAUAUCUGGCGAGGUUGAGCGGUAAUGUUAACCAGAUGAACCUCGAGGGCGCCACGCCGCUGCACCUGGCUGCCAUGGGAGCGCAUAUUGAGGUCUGCGAAACGCUGCUCAGUUUCGGCGCGAAGCAGAACGUGGCCAUGAACACGGGGGAGCUGCCGAUACAUCUUGCGGUGCACGCACUGCACGAGGACACGGUGAAGCUCCUGCAGGAACAGCACGCAAAGAACAACGGAAACAUGGAUGCCGCGUCGAAUUCUGCGUGCCUAGGUCGGAGGCGCAAGAGGGGCCCGUCCAUAUGGCACGCCUUGGUGUCUGGCAUAUACCGACCAGAGGCUUCGGCAAAGAUGGCCGGCGACAUAAGGCUUGACGUUAUGGUGUCAAGGUUGGAGAGGGCUGCGCGGAUAGCGCAAUUCCUGGCAGAGCAUACGCCGCCUCAGGAGAUGUACGUGUGGUCGGACAUGACGCCAUCGCAGCUGCUGCGCCAGAAGUGGGAAGAGUAUACCGAAGGAAACAGCCACCUGUUCGACGCCCAAGAAGGCGCACCUAUACUCCACAAAGCUGAUGUUGAUGCAUACCAGCCAGCCACUACACCGUGCAGCGUGUACAACGAGGGCACGGACACAAUAUUUGUGGCGGAGAGGGCCAUGCAGUUCCUAGCUCAGCUCCUGAAGCGCGCCGAGGAAGGAUCCGCCGAAGCCGCAAACCAGCGGACGGAUAACGGCGCGCCGCCUACUCCAGCCAAUGGAAGUUAA